UUUGACCGCCGAAGCACCCCCAAGUCCUCAUGGGGGGACAUUGGCACCCUUUCAUCAUUAUUAUCAGUAAAUCAAAAAUCAUACUACGAUUUCUUACACUAACCUUCCAUACCUCUUCUUAUUACCCAAAAUACCAUGAAUCGGCGAAAGGAGGGCUUGCCGUGAAAUACCCAAAAUUUCUGGUUCUUUUUAUCUCUGUUAUUCUUUCUUCCUUUCUAUUCCCAAAUUACACCACCCCUCUUCUUCUCCGAUCCUUCCAUCCGAAACACUGUUAUACACUGAUCCCAGCGAUAAUAAUUCUAAUAAGUAGGAAAGGGAGGAAAAAAAAAAAUCCAAAACCCCUAUUCUUCUCUCACAACGAUCGCCUUCGUUCCCAGCUGCUCUCUGCCACUAGCAAAUUUGAUUUAUCUUCCAGCAGCCCUGAUGGACCUACCUACAUAAAUGGGCAACGUGGACCAUAUGAAGCUGCUUCAAUGGAAAGGUCGGGAAGCUUCCGUGAAGGCAUGGAUAGCCGGAUCCCAUCAUCACUUCCAAGCACAUUGAGGUCUGGUUUGGUGUCAUCUCAAGUUGACACAGUCACUUCACUUCAGUCUCUUCUUGUUGAUCUGAAAGCAAUUGAUCAAAAGCUCCCGCAAACAAGGGACCUUGAGAUGGGUUCUAUUGUUGGCAUCUCCUCAGAAGAAUCUCUGCCUGCAACAUUUAACCCGAGGCUUUUAACUUCUUCAUCCAUGGGGGAGAUCAAACGCACAAAGAGUACUCUUCAUGAGGGCACUAUAAGGGCGAGGGAUCGAGCAAAAGCCUGCAGUGAGGCUGCUUUGAAAAUUGAUAAGUAUUGUCACAAUCUUUCAAAAAAACGUUCCCGAGCUGAUAUUUCAUCGAAUGAGCGGUCUGGUGCAUUGCUGCCAAGAGGAAGCAUCUCUAAGACUAACCCUCAAAGCCAUCUGACUUCACGUGGUCUCGACCUUGGGCCUCAGAAAUCAGAAGAAAGGUCCAAGACCACUGUACCAAAUAGACGAAUUCGAACUUCUAUGGUGGAAGUACGGAUGGAUGUAAGGGCUCAUGGUAUUGCAAGACCAUCUGCGCCUAUGAAUAAGGAUAGAGAUGCCAGCAUACUUGUAAAUGAUGGCAUGGCAUUAUCAGAAGAGAAGGGCCAAGAAUUGGCUACUGGUGUUGAUGGCUGGGAAAAGUCAAAGAUGAAGAAGAAACGCUCUGUCAUAAAGUCUGAUGUUUCUGCAAGUGCAGCUUUGACUAGAUUGCCGGAUGCUGAUAGAGAACCCAAACGAGGAAUGCAGCAGAAGUUUGGUACUGAUGCUCGACCAAGGGUGAAUAAUGCCCAUGGCUUCAGGCCAGGUCCUGGUUCCGGAGUUUCUGGAGUUGGAACAUUAGAUUCAGCUUCUCAACAAUCUGGUCUUGGUAUGCAUCCCUUAGCUAGAAAUGAUCAAGACAAUGGUUCUCUUUCCAAUGAUAGAAGAGAUCGUCUUGCAGGUUUAGAUAAAGAUGGUUCCCAUCUUAAAGCUGUUAACAAGCCUAAUGGUCAUGAAGAUAAUUUUUCUGCUAGUCCUACCUCCAUGAUAAAGGUGAAUGCGCCUGCUCGAGGGCCACGAUCAAAUUCAGGUUCACUGUCAAAGGCAUCCCCAAACAUUCAUCGAGUGGUGGGAAAUUCUGAUGAUUGGGAACCGUCUCAAAGUAUAAACAAGAUUAGUUCUGUUGGUGGGGCUGUCAAUCACAGACGUGGGGCAGCUAUGCGCUCUUCAUCACCUCCUGUACAGUGGGGUGGACAAAGACCUCAGAAGAUCUCACGUUCUGCAAGACGAUCAAAUUUUUCUCCUCUUAAAUCAAGCCAUGAUGAAACACCUGCAUCAGAUACAGUAGAUAAUGCAGGCGUCCAUCAGGCUGGAUUAGGAUUGAGACGCUUAUCUUCUAAUGCUUCUCAGCAAAUUAAACUAAAAGGUGAUAGUGUACAACCCACAGGUUUAUCAGAAAGUGAGGAGUUUCAAGUUGCUGAUAACAAGUCAAGGGACAACAGUAAGAAAUAUGAAGAGAAUAUGGAUCGGUCCAUGCAUAAGUUUGCAGGACUUGUAUUGCCUUCAAGAAAGAAAAAGGUGGUUGCUGAUGAAGAUAUUGGAGAUGGUGUCCGGAGACUCGGGAGGAUUGGACGAGCUUUUGCACCUACCAAGUCUGGCAUGGCUGGCCCAAUUGAGAAACCAGACAAUACUGCCACUGUGAAGCAACAGAGAAGCACAAGAGUUAGUUCUGAGAGGAUUGAAAGUAAACCUGGUCGCCCACCUACCAGAAAAUUGUCUGAGCGGAAGGGGUGUACACAGCCACGACAUUCAGUGAACAAUGCACCUUUGGAGUUUUUUGUCUUUUCAGGACAAUCAGAUGAUGACCAUGAAGAGCUUUUAGCUGCUGCAAAUGCUGCCCUGCAUAUAAGGUGCGCUUGUUCCAGUCUUUUUUGGAAGCAAAUCGAGCCAAUUUUUGGUCUUCUUUCUUCAGAGGAUCUUGCUUAUUUGGACCCACAGAUUUGUUGCAUGAACAAGUCUUCUCCAAGUCCUCUUGUUGCUGGGAACAAUGGUCAUGACUUGAAGGGUGAUCUUGAAUAUAUAUCCUUACCAUCAACUCCAGCUGCUGCUGGCAGAGAUUAUUUCAGUGCUAUCUCAGAUGGAAUUAGCUUUAAUGCACGUGAGAGGGAACCAGAGCUCGCAUGGGAAACAGAGCAUGUUGAACCUUUCCUAGAGCAAUUAAUACGGGGAAUUGGGGCUCGAAGUGGGGUUUCAAUUUGCCAAGCACUUCUUUCGGCUAUAAUUGAAGAAGAAGAGAUUGAAAAUAUUAACUACAACAGUGGAGAAGAAUACUUGCAUGGAUCUCAUGGAAUUUGUUUUGAGGUCGAGGGUGGGUUGAAAUCGAAGGGUUCAAACUUUCACUCAUCAAGAACAUUUCUAACUGCAGAGAGAGGCCCUUCUAAUGGCUUCAAGGGCAAUGCUGGUUGGAGAUACCAUGAUGAACUGACACAUGAGAAAUUAGAAAGUAGUGUUAGCUUAUCAGACUCUAGCACAGUAUGCACAAAAUUUCAAUAUAACCAAAUGUGUAUCAAUGAUAGGAUCCUCCUGGAGCUCAGUGAAAUCGGACUUUACCCAGACCCUGUGCCUGAUUUAGCACAGAGUGAAGAUGAAGAUAUUAAUGAUGAGGUCAACAAAUUAGAGCAAGAACUCCAUGAGGAGGUGAGGAAGAAGAAAAAUCUUCUGUUGAAACUGGAGAAGGCUGUUAUGGAAGCAAGGGAGUCUCAACAGAGGGUACUAGAGCGUAUAGCUUUGGACAGACUUGUAGAAAUGGCUUAUGAGAAAUAUGUGGCAUAUUGGGGUCCUAAUGCUUCUAGUGACAAGAAUGUGAACAAGCUUAACAAACAUGCUGCCUUGGCUUUUGUCAAACGAACAUUAGCACGAUGUAAGAAAUUUGAGGAGUCAGGGACUAGUUGUUUUGAUGAGCCUCCUUUCAGGGAUAUGUUUCUUUCCGUAUCUUCUUACAGCAGCGGUGUAGAAUGUAUACACACAUCUGCAGAUGGAGAGGCUGCCAAUCGUUUCACUGCCAUGCCGCAUCCACAAAGUACUUUAGCAGAUUCUAAUCCUAAUGUAACCUCAAAAACAGUUGAAAGAGUGAAUGCCUGCGACAAGUAUCCUGAUGCUUUUUGGUCGGGUAGUCAUUCAUCAGAACAAACAGUUGGUAAAGAGGAGCAGUGGUCAAAUCAAAUCAAAAAGAGGGGCUCAUUGCUUGAUGAUGUUGUUGGUAGUACGUCGGUCACUUGUUUGAGAACAUCUUCAGGUCUUGGAAGUUCUCUUGUAAGUGGUAUAAAAGGAAAGAGGAGCGAGAGAGACAGAGAAGGGAAGGAGCAAAACAGAGAUGCAGGCUCAAGAAAUACCGUCGGUCGAAUUGGUCGUCCAGCUUUAUCCAAUGCGAAAGGUGAAAGAAAGAAUAAGACAAAGCCCAAACAGAAGACAGCCCAAUUAUCUGCUUCUGUCAACAGUCUUCUUUCUAAGGCUCCAGAGUUGCCCGAUGCAAUGUUGCCUUCAGACCCAAAAUCUCGUGAUAUGGUUGUUGGUGGAAGUACCAAGAAGGAUGAUUUAGCUGUGCUCUCGAGCUCUGCCAAGAUGCAGGAUAGGCCCAAGGCCAUUGACUUGUCCAAUUUGCAACUAUCGGAAGUAGAUGUUGGUGAUCUGGGUGGUCAUGGGCAGGAUAUUGGUUCGUGGUUGAACAUUGUUGAUGAAGAUGGGCUGCAAGACCAUGAUUAUAUGGGUCUUCAGAUUCCCAUGGAUGACCUUUCAGAAGUUAACAUGAUGAUAUGAAGGUGGUAUAUUUAUAUAUUUCCUUGCAAUGUAUAGUUUGUAAACAUACUGGCAUUACCGUCAAGGUACAACCAGCCAUGUGGUUUACCAUCUGACAGCCAGGUCUGUAAGUAGUCCAAGUAGUCUAUAGAUUCUUUUAGGGGCCUUUACAGAAGUUCAUGUGGAGCAAAUUUUUUGAUCAGUGUAAUUUGCUCCUGUAACAUUUUGGUAACCUUGAUGGUACAUAUGUUGCUUGUCAGUUUCAAGGUAGUAAAAGUAACCACAUCUUUGCGAUUAUUAUAUCCUGAAA